AUGGAGAACGACAAGGGAGAGAUCGUCGACCUUUACGUCCCCCGCAAGUGCUCGGCCACCAACCGCAUCAUCAAGGCCCAGGACCACGCUUCGGUUCAGAUCUCCAUCGCCAAGGUUGACGAGAACGGCCGUGCCGUCCAGGGCGAGAACCAUGUCUACGCUCUCUGCGGUUUCGUCCGCGCCAUGGGCGAGGGUGACGAUGCCCUGAACAGGCUGACCCAGAGGGACGGUCUCCUCAAGAACGUCUUCAGCGCUGUCCGAUAA